AUGCAUAGCCGGUGGAAUGGCUAUGAGGAGCGGAGUCUCUUGGGCUGUGGUGUCUACCCUCUUCGACGCACAUCCGGGUUCACACCUGCCGGCCCUUCGGCACGUAUGGAUGAGGUGGUUGCCGAUGCCGGCGAAGAGGAUGAACAGCAGGAUAUCGUGGAUGAGGCACUGUAUCUCUUCAAGCCUCAUUUGCUGUUUCGGACAUUUCCUAUCAAGGGUGCUGGAGAUCGGGUUAUUCUUUAUGUGACAAUGUAUCUGCACGAGUGCCUAAAGAAGAUUGCAAACGCCAAACGUGAAGAGGCGAGUGCUGCGUUGCUCAAUUAUGCCACUGUAUCGUUUGCUAUUCCUGGAGAUGUGGGUUUCCGUUUCAAUGGAUUCUUCUUGGUUGGGGAUCACGCGGAACGUGAAGAAUGGGAGGCCUAUGCGAGGCAACUUCGUGUAGAGGCUGGCUUCCGUCUAGUUGAGAAGGUUUUUAUGUUUCCUGAGAAGGAUGGAACAGGGAACAAAUUCUGGAUGGCCUUUGCAAAAAGGCCGUUUCUGCCAUCUGAGUAG